CCUAUAUGAGAGUAAUAAAAAAAAUUAAGAAAAUAUAAAACAUAAGAAUUAAACUGAUGUAAGCCAACAAUCAUAAUGUNAUUAAUUUAUGCGAUGUAUCUAUAUCGUUGCUCUAAACGCAAAACUGAAAAAUACUCUGAACUUUUACGACAGGAAAAAGAAUCUUAUAUUUUGGAACAAUUACACAAUCAUUCAGAUGAGCCGUACAUUGUUCAGAUUUUUAAUAUAAAAAAGGAAAUGAUUCGUUUAACUGUAGAAACAACAAAACCUUUAAAAGAAAUAUUCGAUACAUUCUGUUGCAGUAACCCAACAGCUGCAAAAUAUAUUUCAUACAACAGCAUGAAAUCUGUAAUUAGCCGCCAAAGAAUCAAACCUCGUCCAGCUGUUCCCAAUGAUUNACGAUCUCUACACGACAUGUUAGAAACAUACGAACCUACGAGCAGUAUUUACAAAGGUUGUGCAGUAUCAUCCAAUAAUAAAAUUGCACUUAUAUUUAGCANCGACACAUUAUUAAGCCUCUUAUCUGAAGCAUGUGAAAUAUUUGUGGAUGGGACUUUUUCUAUUGUACCAAAAAAACCAAAUAUGUCUCAACUGUACAGUGUACAUGUUCGCCAUGCAGAUACGGGUAUAGCAACAAUUUUUGUGUUAUGUGAAGUACGAUUGGCCUGUCUUUAUAAAGCUAUGUGGGAGAAAAUUGUUUUGCUUGCACCUGAUCUGCAACGUAAUUUAAAAGUUAUUAUGUCAGAUUAUGAAAAAGCUGCAUUAUCUGCAAUGAGCCAACAGUUUCCAACAGCUUCCAUUUAUGGUUGUUGGUUUCAUUAUACACAAGCUAUUCUUAGAAAAUGGCGNAAGCUACAACUAAAUAGUGCACCUCAUGAUCUAUUGUCUAUAACUAUGUCUAUGGCAUUAGCACCGAUUAACUUAUUUGAUGAUUCAUUAAAUAUUAUGCAAACUNUUGCUGAUCGCAUGUCUACGACUUAUCCAAAUGUAUUGUUAUUUAUGACAUAUAUGCGUAGCACAUGGCUACCUUUAGCAUCUAAAGUAUCCGUUCAUAACUGUCGUGUUCGUACAAAUAAUGUAGUGGAAAGUUUUCACCAUGUUAUUACUCAAAAGAUAGGCACAGUCAAUCCAAAUUUAUGGAUAUUUUAAAGUAAAAAUA